ACGUACACAGGUGAUCUGCGCAUCCCGCUUGACUGGGUCCCGCUUUGUGAGCGUGACCGUAUACAUCCAGCUGCUGUGAAAAAAGAACCACUCACAUAUCGGCGGUGACCGCUUUGGUUGAACAAUAGAAGAAUACAGCAAAAAUACGGUGUGCGUGAAUUCUUAACCUCCGGGGACGCGUGAGUGAAAGUUAAACCCCCAACUCAACACCAGGGAAAACCAGAACACACGAGCCACUCCUCCUUCUGCUUGUCGUUCGCGGGAAAAAGAGCCCCCAAGCAGCGCAACCUGCGCUCUCGUAUGCGUGUGCAGACAGGGCACGCGAUCGUAGUACGGUGAGAAAAGUGAUCCAGACUCUCCGAAACCACUGGAACCGGUUCCCCGAUACACACGGCAACGGCACAGCUUCAAGCGCAACAGUCCCUCGAACCAACGAUCGGAAAAACGAUGCACAUUCAUCCGAGCUCACCGAACUCCUCCCAGUCGGAGGACGAUGCGGCCACAAAAAUCCAGGCCGGAUUCCGCGGGUAUCGCGUGCGUAAGCAGAUGCGCGGCCAGGGUGCGGUCUCCAACACGGCCGGUGGCGUAGGUGCCGGUGCUGGAGCAUCCGGUGCGCCAUCGUCCGGCACGGUGGAGGACAAAUCGGCCACCAAGAUACAGGCAAACGUACGCGGUUUUCUGGUGCGCAAGAAGCAAAAGAUGGCCACCGAGGCAGCGACCAAGAUACAGGCCAGCUUCCGGGGAUUCAAGACGAGAAAGGAGCUGAAAUCGAUUAAGAAGGAUAAAUAGAGCGGCGAACAGCAGUUGGCUGUGGAAACGGGGAAUGCUGCCGGACAGGGAUCGAUGCAAUCCAGCGGAAAGAGAAGAAAAUGCGUUGCGCGUGCGUGCGUGUGUCCGAUCGGCUUUGUGUGUGUGUGUGUCUGUGGUUGUUUUUUUUAAACAGUUUGAACGUAAUGAAAGAGUGUAAAGGAAUGUAUCAAAUUGAGGUUUUUAAAAACAAACAGCAAUGAAAAACGCAACUGUGCGAAAGGAUUACAACCAGAUUCACAUCACAUCUGCUUUUGCUAUUGCUAUGAAGAUCGUUUUCUCCGUUUUCAAGAUCGGAAAAAGUACACACCCGCAUCGGGAGAUAAAUUUUCGUGUGGUAAAAUUUGUUCCAUAUGUUCGUUCUGCUUUAGAACAAUUCGCAUGUUUGUACAUGAACGUCGGCAAUCGGAAGAUCCUGCUGUGUGACUUAUGUGGUGCUGUGUCUGCUGGGUUUUCCCCCCUCUUUUACAGCCCGACAGUGGGAUAAAAUUGGAUGAGCUUCCUUUAUGUCCGUUGGGAAGAUUUGCCACUAAAUUCUUGUCUAUUUGGUAAGGUUGACCCAAUGGAAGCGAGUGUGUAUGUCUGCACUGUGGUGCGAUGUUUACGGUGGUGUUGCGUUGCUAUAUCCGUAACGCAUUCCACAGCGGCAUUGAUCGAUGAAUCGAUCAUUUCAGCUUCAUGUUCAGGUUCAAACCUCACACACAUUCUCUCUUAGUAGCUGUUUGUUUUGGUUUUGGUAAAUAUGAACUUUGAAGAUCAACGAACAAAGUGAGUGCAACCGAAUCAGAAUAUUUAAAAAAAAAGCAUACACACUGUAAAAGGUAAUCGAAACACGCACGUAAUGUCGAUCGCCCGAUGUAUGAUCAUCGUCCAUCACUUUCCCCUGCCAUGCCACGUUGACGAGAGAUGUUUUGUUUUUGUAUUUUUGUACCAUUUUUUGCAACUUCCACCUCUUUUUCUGUGAAGGGGGGAAUAAUAACACAGCAUAAAUCAUCGUUCUAGUUGGUUCGCUGCGUACCGCAUCAUGGAAAAGUUAAUGAGACGAGAGACAUGGAGAGUCGAACAGUCCACAAAAUGUUGUUCGCAAUGGUUGAAUAUUGUAAUACAUGUACCAAGAAGGGCAGUGCAGUGGAUGAAGAGUUCGUGAGAACAAAAGAAAAAGAAAUCGACUGAAAUCAUAUGCUACUUGAAAAUGGUCUAAUUUGGACCACAGCUUUUUCCUUCAACGCAACUUCCCCGCAGCCUUCUUGAAUGCUUUCCCUGGUUUGCACGCCUUCCCGAAGGUACGUCAGAGCUGGGUAAAAGUGAAAGUAAUUAGCUCCCUGGCGGUGCUUACGCACAUACAACGCAGCCACCCCAAAAUUCAAACCACAACCACACGUGUUGAGUGCGUUCAGCACUUUGACACGAACCAGAUCCACCAGACCAGAUGAAAAACUCGAUCCUCGAUCUGUUUAGGGUUGUGGAAUCCGUAUUCUCUGCUGGAUGGUUUGAAUGCUACCUUAGUAUCAUAUAACGUAAAGCGACAAGCUAGGAGAACUAUAGUAAAAGUAUUUGUUUAGUCGUGCGUUACUUCUCUUUUUCGAAUAGUGAUAUAGUAAUACGUUUCUUCGUGACAAUAUAUACGAGUGAGGAUAGAGCAAAAGCGGGUGCAAACCGUGUAUGAGUUAUACUACGCAACAGCAUUGCGCAAUGAUGUGAAAUUUGUUAAUAAAAAAUAGAUCAUAAUACAU